UGCCAUAGUAAUGCCGUUUUCCCACAACACAGCCAUAACCACGUGGAAACAGGACACGCGCGUGAGAGAAAGUCGUUUUGAAGAUCAACCAGAACAUCACCAGAGAAAAAGAAGGAAGAGAAACGGAGGCGAUCAGUAGGUUAAUGCAGUUUUAGCGAGGGAACUUGUGGCUGGCGUUGAGCUCCUGCGUCAGGUUUUACGCACCAUGCGCCUUGCGCGGCUGGAGGCUUUCCGUGAGUUCGCAUCUCUCUGCGCGUAGAGAUGCUGCAUGCGAAGACCGUGGCUGAAUGAACGCAGCAUAUAUUCAGCAUAUGGGUUUUAUGCAGCCACACCGGCCCGAUCUGCACAUUGCAAAGGCGGUUUAAGAAAACCACAACAUUCUCAUUUCAACACAUUCCCAGUGUCCACUUGAUCGCUCCUCUAUCGGACGCCCUCCUCUUCAACACCAUCAGCCUCCCAUCUGAAGGAGCUUCUUUGUUCCAGCAGCUAUGCCAAAGAACACCAAGGUGACUCAGCGGGAGCACAGCAAUGAGCCGGUCACAGAGUCUGUGGCUGACCUUCUCUCCCUGGAGCAGCCCAUGGACUAUAAAAGCAGUCAGAUGAGUAUGGGGCUUAGUCCCGGAUCCACUGCCCCAGGAAAGUCCCUGCUCCCUGAACAAGAUGCAGAAGAUGGACGACCCGCGUGGAACAACAAGUUGGAGUACAUCCUUGCUCAAGUGGGCUUCUCAGUUGGUCUGGGAAAUGUUUGGAGGUUUCCCUACCUGUGCCAGAAGAAUGGUGGAGGUGCAUACCUGGUGCCCUAUUUUAUCCUGCUCCUCCUCAUCGGCAUUCCCUUGUUCUUCCUGGAGUUGGCAGUGGGUCAGAGGAUCAGGCGUGGCAGCAUCGGGGUGUGGAACUAUGUCUACCCACAACUGGGGGGCAUUGGGGUUUCCAGCCUCAUGGUAUGCGGGUUUGUUGGUCUCUAUUAUAAUGUAAUUAUCGGCUGGAGUAUCUUCUAUUUCUUCCAGUCAUUUCAGUAUCCGCUGCCUUGGGCUGAAUGCCCUUUCAAGAAAAAUGGAACCCAAGUCAUUGUGGAGCCAGAAUGUGAGAAGAGCUCAGCCACCACCUAUUUCUGGUACCGCCAGACUCUGAACAUCACCAGCACCAUCGACGACACCGGUGGCCUGAACUGGAAGAUGAGCCUGUCCCUGCUGGUGGCUUGGAUCUUGGUCUGCCUGGCCGUCAUCAAGGGCAUCCAGUCCUCUGGGAAGGUGAUGUAUUUCAGCUCUCUCUUCCCAUACGUGGUGCUCUUCUGUUUCCUGGUACGUGGCUUAAUGCUGAAGGGUUCAGUGGAUGGCAUUGCCCACAUGUUCACUCCCAAGUUGGAAAAGAUGCUGGAGCCACAGGUGUGGAGAGAAGCAGCUACACAGGUCUUUUUCGCCCUUGGUCUGGGCUUCGGAGGUGUCAUUGCUUUCUCCAGCUACAAUAAGAGAGACAACAACUGCCACUUCGAUGCAGCUCUGGUUUCCGUCAUCAACUUUGUCACCUCCAUCUUGGCCACUUUGGUGGUGUUUGCUGUACUGGGCUUCAAAGCUAAUGUCAUGAAUGAGAAGUGUGUUGUUGAGAAUGCAGAGACGAUCCUGGGUUACCUAAACACAGGUGUGCUGAGUAAGGAGCUCAUUCCUCCUCACAUUAACUUCUCCCACCUGACAGCUCAGGACUAUUCAGAAAUGUACAGAGUCAUUAUGACAGUGAAGGAGGACAGCUUUGGCCAGCUGGGUCUGGACCCUUGUCUCCUGGAGGAUGAACUUAAUAAGGCGGUUCAGGGAACCGGCCUUGCCUUCAUCGCCUUCACCGAGGCCAUGACACACUUUCCUGCCAGUCCCUUCUGGUCUGUCAUGUUCUUCUUCAUGCUAAUCAACUUAGGACUGGGAAGCAUGAUUGGUACCAUGACCGGCAUCACCACGCCCAUACUGGACGCCUUCAAGAUCCGCAAGGAGAUCCUGUGUGUGGUUUGCUGCAUAAUAGCCUUCCUGCUGGGCUUGCUGUUUGUUCAGCGUUCAGGGAACUACUUUGUCACCAUGUUUGAUGACUACUCUGCUGGUUUGCCCCUCACUGUGGUCGUGAUCCUAGAGAAUAUCUCUGUAGCCUGGAUAUAUGGCACAAAGAGGUUCAUGCAAGAUCUAGAGGACAUGCUUGGUUUCAGGCCAUACAGCUUCUACUACUACAUGUGGAGAUAUGUCUCCCCUGCUAUCUUGACGGUGCUCAUUGUUGCAACGGUCAUUGAGAUGUCUGUCAGUCCUGCGGGAUACAACGCAUGGGUGGAAGAUGAGGGCUCAGAACGUUUCCACAGCUACCCUCCGUGGGCUUUAGCCAUGGCUUAUGCCCUUAUCGUGGUUGCCAUGCUGCCUUUGCCCAUCGUCUUCAUCGUCCGCCACUUCAACUUGGUCUCAGACGGCUCCAAUAAGCUGUCAGUCUCCUACCGCAAGGGCAUGAUGAAGGAUAUCUCCAACCUGGAGGAGCAGGAUGAGCAGCGUUUUAUCCUUGGCAAGAAUCCCAGCGAGGCUCCUUCCCCCAUGCCCGCCCAACGCGCUUAUCUUGGGCCCGGCGGCACCCAAGAGAUGACCAACACCAACUACGGCACCAGCACCAAGACAGGAUACCAGAACAUUGGCUCGCCCGAGUCUGAGCUAUGAUCCAAUGAGCUUCAAUGUCCUCCCACUUAUGAUAAAAAAAGCCCACUCAGCUACUGGGGAGGGAGAUAGAGAAGGUGGACAAAAUUUAAUUGCAGCAUUCCUCACACCUUAACCUCCAGAGAAAUAUUCCUCCAUCCUCCCCUUUUCUGCUUCCUUAUUACUUUACUGUAGUUCUUUCUGCUUUAUGUCAGUAACGGAAAUCAGUGAGGAAAAGGAUUAUGAGGAACAAAACGUUUUUAAACCUUAAAAGGCAUUAUUGGGGCUGAAAUAAAGAAAAUGAGAUGCCAAUAGACAAAUCUUAAAUGAUAUUGUGGUGGCAUCAAUAACAAACAGAGAUGCACAGAGGAAUCAGCUUGUGAUAUGUCAGUCAUAAAACCAAGUCUGAUCUUUUUUGCUGAGUGAAUACAUCGUGCUAAGCUCUACCAGGCCUUGCUGACAAAACUUCUCAGUGUGAAAGCUGUUCCUGCAGGAAGGCUGUCACAAAGUUAGCUAUUUUCAAUAUUGGUGAAGUGUUAAAAAAUGAAGUCAUAGGAAGCACAAAGAUGCAAGAAGAAUUUUAAAAGAAAAUGUUUUACAACUUUAUAUCUGUGAGAGAGCAAAAGAGGAAAAUUUCAGGAGGUACCUGCAAGGUUUGACAGAGUACUGUAACGUUUCCCUGUUUCAUUCUUCAUGUCCUGUAACAUGAAAUAUGUGGAAUUAUUGACAGCCUGGAAAUGUGAGAGUUAAGAGUCUAAAUUUCUUGGAAAAGGGAAUUUAGACUAUCCACAGGGGGAUGACUAUUUGCUAAUAUCUUGUUCUGGUGCAGAAAUGAAAACCUGCUUAAAUCUGAGUGGAAAUGGACCACACAAUUUCUGAUCGAUGCAUCUCUAUAUAAACUCUCUCUGAGGUUAAGCAGUGGGUAAUGCUACAAUGCUUUGAGUAGUACAGAACGUACGUUGCUGUUGGGAACCAGUUUGGGAUUCUACUGGUCAAUUGGAGAGGAUUGUUGCUGUGGAAAUAGGAUUGAAGGAGACGGCAAAAAACAGUUAUCCUUCAUCUGAUCAGUAUCAGAAAACGUUUCAUGUGGAAAAAAGUGGCAAACAUAGGUCCAUCACAAUAUGUACUGUGAAAUUCUGAUAGUGUUACAAGCACAUUCUAUUUUUGAGUUUUUUGCGCCUAUCAUGCAUCAGCAAUAAUACCAGUGCUCACAAAAUCACAGAGCUCUCUCUCUCUCUAUUUUCCCCUCUAAUGUACAUUAGAACAGUGUAUAUAGUUGUCGUGCAAUAGUUUGAGACGCUACCAUGCAUACAUGCUGCAAUAGAGAAGAAAGAGGGGUUAAAUUUGUCCCUCGUCAUUUCUACAAGCACAGAACCACGGACACCUGCUAUGUUGAGAGCAUCUCUGAGCCUUAACACUUGUCUUUUAAACAAUGUUCCUCCUCGCUGAGCAUGGAAUGACUUUUAAUGAAUGGUUUGGACUGCAUAUCGUUAGCAUAAUCGCCUAAGUCAUAUUUUGCCAAGUUAUGCGGUGAGGCUUACAAAAUACAGAGCAGUGAGUAUCUGUUUAAAGGAAGCAGACAGAGAAGGAAACUUUGUGUAUAUACACAGAUGUGCAUGCCUGUGUGCUGUCUGCGGCUGACUGAGAGCUCCUGGCAUACCUGCCUGUUUAAAAAUAGAGCAGCGUUACCUAGGGGAAGCUGUGGCAACAUGCACCAUAGAAACAGAUUCUGUUCUGAUGUGGAGGAGGAGGCGCGGCAGAGAGGACACCUUGCUUUGUCUGCUCCACCUGUUCAUUUAUCCAUGGCCUACAUUCAGUUCUCACCAGUGUUGUUACAGUGUACUGAUUAAAUGUGGUCUACUGCCAUGCCCCUGUGGACCAGUCAUAGUUCAUCCCUGAUAGGAUGAUCUUUGGGUUUAAGUCUUAUACAUUCCUCUAAUUGUGACCACAUAAGUCGGUCAGCACUACAAGCUACACUUUAUGAUCUUUCUGUUAUCCAAAGUGUGAAAAGUAAGCCUUUUUUUUUUCAAUGUGUAAUCUUGAAAGACAGUGGAAGUGUAUUGUGAUACUGAUGUUUUGAACAAGUGAUAGUACCUGGAUUUGGCCACUGGAUGUCUCUGCUGGCCAGCAGAGGAACCAGUGGCCUUCUUUUGUCUGUGGCCCCUCCCUGUGAGAGCACCAAUACUUGAGACUGCCACUAGAAAUGGAGUGAACCAGAAUCAGUCACAUUGUUUGGUGCUUGAGCAGCAUCUGUGUCGUCUGCCUUAUGCUUUUGUCAUUUGAUCACUGUUUGCUUUGUAGAUUGUUUGCGCCAAUGUUUUGUCUCGUUCACAUGAGCACUUUAAUUAGAUUCAGACCCUGGAGUUGUUUGUCAAGCACACAUUUAUAAAGAGAGGGGAUAAUGAAUGUCAUCAACAUGCACAGCAGACAAAUAGUGAAAAUCUUACAAUUUAUUUAUUCUUAUUAAUUUUGCAUUUUAAAAUCUUUAUUUGCAAGAAAACCAUCAGGAUUUUAUAUCUUAUAUUCUCUGGUAUGAUAACUGAUUGAUUUAUCUCCCUUUCUGCUACAAUAGGAUCUAGUUUUUGUUGUAUUGGAGCAAAACUCUAGAAAUUUUGCAGAAUAUAGUUAUGUAAACUGUAAUUUUUGCAUCACUUCCAUGGAUUGCAAACCACUAAUCAUAUUAUAACUCUGAGAAAAAAGCUAAACAUUAAUCAUUUCAAAAAAAUCCCCAUAAAUUUUCUGAUUCUUGUUGCUUUUUUAUUGGUUUUAGCAAGUAAUAAUAAUACACUUUUACACACAGUGAAUACAUUUAUUAAAUGUACUUAUUGUUCUUGUUCUGACACUUUCAGACCUAUGAAAUGUUUCACAGAUUUUUAUUUCUGUUAAAACUUGUAUGGCACACUUUUUGCAAAUGGCACAUAACCUGAAAUGAAGGCACAUAUUUGCAUGAAACCUCAACUUUAGCUUGAAGUCAAAGCACAUUUAAUGAUAGCACAGAACUGUGAGCAGGAGUUGAUGUCAUGACAAAAAUAAUUUUAAGGUGUAUCUCUGAUCCUGUAACCAGAGGAUGUUGGUUGAUGAACAAACAUCAUGAUUGUCUUCUUUAAAUCCAGUGUCCUUUGAGAAACUGAGAGCACAGCUGCACAAUAAAAUUCACUGCCAUCAAUAAAAGUAACAAAUCUGCCCUAUAGCGUCUGUAGCUGCAGACAAUAAUAUUGAUUAGAGCACAGUCUCAGCUACCUGCCACUGAUAAUGAUAUAAAUAAUGAUCAAUGUAGAUUUCGCCUUAAACAUUUAAAGAGACAAUGUCUCAGGCAGGGAAAACCUGUAAUCAGUUGGUAAUAAUUAAUAUGGUUGAAAACAAAGGCUCCGGGGUCUCCUCGUCUUGUCCACGUGUCUGCAGUGUCGCAAUCAGCUUCUGGAGUUUAUCUCAGCUUAGUCACCAACAUGAUCUUGACAAAGACAUAGUACCAGUAAAAUCUAUUUAAUUGUGCAAAUAAUAUUUAUGUGAACAAACAUAGUUAUAUUUAGAGUAUUUAAGAUGAUGUAUUUAACCUGUACAUAUUGAUGUACAUUCUGAUAAAUUCACACUGAGUAUCUAUAGUGAGCGUGACAGGGUGUAUACUUGAGCUGUAAAUAAUAAUUGUAUAUUUUCAGAUAUUUUGGGGGAUUUUUUUGUACUGUCAGUACUGUCACAUUGGUGUCUGUUGGUUCAGGUGUUUAUGUGUGGUUGUUGUUAAUAAUAUUAACCAAACGUGUGUGUGCGUGUGUGUGUGUGUGUGUGCGUGCGUGCGUGCGUGUGUGUGAAGUAAAAAUAUGUGUUGGUUUUUGGUGUUUCGCUGUGUUUUUCUCCUCCUUCAGUGUUGUGUGCUGCUUAUCUAAAACCAGUACAUGAAAUCCAAUGUUGUUGCCGUGGAGUGGGACCACUAACAUUUAAGCAAUCUCUUCUCUGUGUUUUUCACUCCAACUGUGAUGGAGUCCAGCGCAAAACUGGCAACACAAUCAGGAAGACUUGUAUGACUGUAACAAUAAGACAGGAACUUGAACUAUUGUGAAUAGAGUGAUACAGUGUAAAAACAUUGCGAAUGAGGAGGAAAUUAAAAUAACCACUUUAUGUA